CCUAUUGAGACGCGACGAUUCAAGGCAAGAACAUAAAACUCAAAAUUUAAGAAAAUGCAGCGAAAAUAAAAAGCGAAAAGACGUGCAGUAGAAGGUGAGAGGUGGAUGGUGUAAUACGCACACUCACGAAAACUGAAAUCCCAAAUAAUCAUAUAUUUAUAUUUUUCUGGCACCAACCCAAAAAAACAAUAACAAUUAUCUUCCUUUUGGGAGAGAUUCCAUCGCAUUACACUCUACCAAACCGAAGAUUGAUUCCUCUCUGAGUAGCAAUAAGGUACCGAAAGAGAAGAGAUAGUGUUGUUGUUGUUGAUUGAUCGAGAAAUAAAGAAUGGAUGAUGAAGUUGUUCAGCGAGUGUUUCAUGAAGGAGGACGCGAUUACUUCCAACAACAGCCUUCAACUUCUUCGUCUUCCUCUUCCAUCCUUCAAUCUCUCCCUCUCCAUGUGUCUUUUGAUCAUGGAUAUUAUUUGUUGGUAAAAUCUAUCCAAGAACUCCGAGAGAAAAAGGAUGGCCUUGUUAGUAUUGGCAUUGGUGGUCCAAGUGGAUCUGGUAAAACAAGCUUAGCAGAAAAGGUAGCAUCUGUUAUUGGUUGUACUGUUAUAUCAAUGGAGAACUAUCGUGAUGGAGUUGAUGAAGGGAAUGAUCUAGACUCUAUAGAUUUUGAUACCCUGAUCAAGAAUCUUGAGGAUUUGACUAAAGGCAAUGAUACAUUAAUCCCAGAGUUUGACUAUCAGCUAAAAAGGCGUGUUGGUUAUAAAGCAAUAAAGAGCACUUCAUCUGGGGUGGUAAUAGUUGAUGGCACAUAUGCAUUGCAUGCAAAAUUGCGGUCUUUACUGGAUAUUCGAGUUGCUGUGGUUGGUGGAGUUCAUUUUAGUCUGCUUUCUAAAGUUCGCUACGAUAUUGGAGAUUCUUGUUCACUGGAUUACCUUAUAGAUAGCAUUUUCCCAUUAUUUAGGAAAGACAUUGAGCCAGAUCUUCAUCAUGCGCAGAUCAGAAUUAAUAACAGCUUUGUCUCAUCAUUCAGAGAGGCAAUCUACAAGGUUAAAUGCAGAAGUGAGUCUUCAGAUGAUUCUGGUUCUGCUUUUCAAGGAAAUGAAGCCCAGACAGAUAAUUUUAUUGAAAUGUACCUUAGACCACCUUCAGCAAGUGAAGAAGCAAGGAUAAAUGAUUGGAUCAAAGUGCGACAGUCUGGGAUUAGAUAUUAUUUAUCACUUGGUGACCAGAGGAUUGUUGACAAGAAUUUCAUUAUCAGGCCUAAAGCUGAAUUUGAGGUUGGUCGAAUGACAUUGGGUGGAUUAUUGGCUCUUGGGUACACUGUUGUGGUUAGUUAUAAACGUGCAUCCACUACUGUCAAUAAUGGGAAGGUUUCGUUGUCUUUUGAAACCAUUGAUGUUCUUGGCGAGACAUUCAUGGUGAUGAGAGGAACUAAUAGAAAAACUGUUGGAACAGAAGCAUUAAGGAUGGGUAUAAAUGGACCUUGGAUUACUAAAUCAUAUCUGGAAAUGAUUCUUGAAAGAAAAGGUGUACCUCGACUUAGUACACCACCACUUGUGUCUAAUGCAACUGUAGCUGGUAGUCAAGAAACAGUGAUCAUUGCACCAAAGCCAAUCCGUGUUACUCCUGACCUUGGUACUGGGAUUGAUGAUUUAUCUCAGCCGUGGACUCGAUCCCCAACAAAAUCUAAAAUGGAACCUGUUGUGGCUACAUGGCAUUUCAUAUCUUCAGAUUCCUCCCAGCCUGACAACUCAGUCCUAGACUUCUCUCAUGAAGCAACCACAGAUCCUUCAUCUUUCAGGGAUAGUAUUAGGCUUGCUCCAAUGCCUGAUUCAUAUGACUUGGAUAGGGGAUUGCUUUUGGCAGUUCAAGCAAUACAAGCAUUGUUGGAGAAUAAAGGUGUCCCAGUCAUAGUUGGAAUUGGAGGUCCAAGUGGCUCUGGAAAGACUAGUUUGGCUCAUAAAAUGGCAAAUAUAAUUGGUUGUGAAGUAGUUUCCCUGGAAAGCUAUUAUAAACAAGUAAAGGAUUUUAAAUAUGAUGACUUCAGUGCACUUGAUUUAUCUUUGCUAUCAAAGAAUAUUGAUGACAUAAGAAAUGGUCAAAGAACAAAAGUGCCUAUAUUUGACUUGGAAAGUGGUGCUCGGAGUGGUUUCAAGGAACUUGAAGUUUCUGAAGAUUGUGGUGUGAUUAUAUUUGAAGGCGUCUUUGCUUUGCAUCCUGAUAUUCGAAUAUCACUUGACUUGUGGAUUGCUGUUGUUGGAGGUGUUCAUUCACAUUUGAUUUCACGAGUUCAAAGAGAUAAGAGUAAAGUGGGAUGUUUUAUUUCCCAAAAUGAGAUCAUGAUGACUGUGUUUCCUAUGUUCCAACAGCUUAUUGAACCUCAUCUUGUUCAUGCACAUCUUAAAAUUCGAAAUGACUUUGACCCUGUGCUUUCUCCUGAGAGUUCAUUAUUUGUAUUAAAGAGUAACAAAAAAGUAGCAUAUCAAGAUAUUGUUUCAAUUCUUGAUCCAGCAAAAUUUUGCAGUUCAGUGCAGAAAUUUAUUGAUAUUUAUAUAAGGCUCCCUGGGAUCCCUUCUAAUGGGCAAUUGAGAGAUAGUGAUUGUAUUCGAGUCAGAAUAUGUGAAGGCAGAUUUGCAUUGCUGAUACGAGAGCCUAUCAAAGAAGGGAACUUUAUCAUUCAGCCUAAAGUGGAUUUUGAUAUAAGCAUUAGUACGGUUGCUGGUCUUCUUAAUCUUGGGUAUCAAGCAGUUGCUUAUAUUGAAGCGUCUGCAUUCAUCUAUCAAGAUGGAAAGAUUCUAAUUGAGGUUGAUCAUCUACAAGAUGUCCCUGGCCCUUACAUUCAGAUAAAGGGUGUUAAUAAAGAUGCAGUGGAAGCAGCAGGUUCAAUGCUUAAAUUGGAUGGUUCGUAUACUACUAAGAGUUAUCUUGAAAUAAUUUUGGAAAGACUACCAGCAUUAGAAAGAACUUCUGGUGGAAUUCAUUCUCAGCAAUCAGCAAGGCUGCUAGAGAUUGUUGAAUUUAUUCAAUCUCAGGGAUGUAGCUCUGCUUCAGAGUCCUCAUCAAGUAGGGUAGUCUCUCCAAUUGAAGGGAUUAUUGAGGAGAUGCAAUCAAGGAUUAGAAGGCUUGAAAGAUGGUUAGCUAUAAAUACGGUUCUAUGGACAUUUCUUAUGUCUGCCCUUGUUGGUUAUUCACUUUAUCAAAGGCGGCGUCAAUAAUUUUCUUGGGAAAUUUUCAGGAUCAUGCAUUGGUGUUCUUGUUUAGUUACCUCCAUUUACCGGGCCCAAUUUUUUAACCGGCGAAUCCAAAAGCUCACUACAGUCUACAGCCACUAAUCCCUCGAGUGUAGGUUCCGUUUAGGAUACAUUGCGGCUCAUCAAUUUCAAAGGUUAAUUCUUGAUUAAUCCAUUUGUAAAUGAUUUGGUGACAAAAAUAGUUUGAGAUAUGCAGCCACCACUCAAUUAAAGUUGUAAACAAUAUAAGUAUUAGACUCAACACACCUGAAGACGUUAACGACCGCAAGCAAUAGAAUGGAUGGAUAUUCAGCGAACGACUUUGCUGGUAUUUGGAGGCUGAUUGUAGUUGGUUCCAGGGAUCAAUGUUUGCUCCAAAAUUAAUGAGCCAUCUAAGUACAAUCAUAUAUGAAUGGUGAUUGGUCAAGAAUAACGGCACGUAGUCACUUAAGUCAUUUUUUUUUAUGAAAAUAAUCAUUAAGUAAAUUUGAGAA